AUGUCGGUACAAUCAGCUACAGAGGUGCCUAAGGAUAUUAAAGUUCCUCCAAAGGAUAUUAAGGAAACGGUGGAUAAGACUGUAGCUUAUGUCAAUAAGAAUGGAAAAUCAUUUGAACAAAGAUUAUUAGCAAACAAUACUGCCAACAAGUUUGAUUUUAUAUUAGAAGACAAUGAAUAUCACUCAUAUUAUAAGUGGAAGUUGAACACAUCACAGGAUUCAGCUCCGUUAAAUAUAGAGCCGGACGGAAGCAAUGAGAUUAAAAUUGAAAAGCCUCGAGAGUUGCCCUUUUUGGUGGACUUACCUUCCGUCAUCUCUUCGCGAGAUUUGGAUAUCAUUAAAACCACAGCUUUAUACAUCGCCCAUAAUGGUAUAGACAGGAUACCCAAGUUGUUGCAACAUGAAGAGAAACGGAACAACCGAGCUCAAUUCGAGUUCUUAAAUAAAUCACAUUCAUUGCAUCCUUUAUUCAUGUCAUUUGUAACACAAUAUCAACUAUUGAUCAAACUAUAUAACAACGAUCCCGAAACCCAACCAAUUCGAGAAUCCCUAAAUAUCAAUAAUAAGUUCGAUAUCUUAACUCAGGCAUAUGAUAGAGCUCAAUAUAUCAAGCAAAACAAAGUGAAGGAAAAGAAAGAACAAGAAUCGCAAGAACAGAAACAACGACAUUUUGCCCUGAUAGAUUGGCAGGAUUUCGUCCUUGUUGGACAAGUUGAAUUCGAUGCCAUUGAUGAAGUUAAGGAAUUGAGUAUACCUUUAAAGAGACUGGAUUUACUCAGUAGAUCUCUAGAAGCAAGAAGUAAGGAUGUUGUAUUGCCAAAAUCAGACGCGCCUAGACCCCAAGCCAAGGAAGAGAGCGAGCCCCAAAAGGAACAAGAGGAAAAAGCCGGUGAACCACAAACUGUGCCUGUGCAGCAGGCACCUAAAGGUGUUCUCAAGGGUAUGAAGAUAAAAGAAGCGGGUGCCUCACGAUUGAAGAAGAGAUCAUCUCCAAUGGCAGACACUAUUAAAUGUCCAAUUACUGGAAAGCUUAUACCUGAAGCAGACUUUGAUACCCAUAUUAAGACUCUAUUAAGGGAUCCUCGAUAUAAGCAAGAACAGGAGAAUUAUAUUAAGAAGAAUUUUAAGUAUGCUUCGAAUAUCACAACUGAUCAAGUAUAUGAGAAUAUUAAAAGAUUAAUGAAGAAGAGGGGUGGUGGGGAAGAACGAAAUGGGAAUAAAAGGUUGCAGUCGUAG